UAUGGCUGAAGCAAAUGCAAGUCCUCUCGGGAGGAAAGAAGAGGACUUUAGAAUUCUCACACGUUAGACUCAACAGAAGGUGAGCAAACCCACCAGGAAACAGGUCACAGACUUCUCAUCAAGGUCUGCAAGUAAGGACUUACCUCCAAAAAAGGACAUUUGUGAAACAGAAUUAUCCCAAUGGGAAAUGACUGACAGGCUUGAAAGCUGUGAUCUUGAGGAGUCCAGUUCCAGAGAUUAUUUGGAAGUUAAAAGCACAUUGGAGAGGCAACAAGAAAACCAAGAGGAAUAUUUCAAGGAAGGCAUGAUCACGUACGAAAAAAUGUCCAUUUUCAACCAACAUACUUACUUAUCUCAACAUCCAAGAUGUCAUUCUACUGAGAAACCCUAUAAAUGUAAGGAAUGUGGGAAGGCCUUUAGACGAGCUUCACAUCUUACUCAACAUCAGAGUAUUCAUACUGGUGAAAAACCCUAUGAAUGUAAGCAAUGUGGGAAGGCCUUUAGUCGUGAUUCACAGCUCAGUCUUCAUCAGAGACUUCAUACUGGUGAGAAACCCUAUGCAUGCAAGGAAUGUGGGAAGGCCUUUACUCAGAGCUCACAACUUAUUUUACAUCAUAGAAUUCAUACUGGUGAAAAACCAUAUAAAUGUGAAGAAUGUGGGAAAGCCUUUAUUCGUAGCUCACAACUCACCAGACAUCAAAAAAGAAUUCAUACUGGUGAGAAACCCUAUGAAUGCAAGGAAUGUGGGAAAGCUUUUAUUUGUGGCUCACAGCUUUCUCAACAUCAGAAAAUUCAUAAUGGGGAAAAACCAUAUGAAUGUAAUGAGUGUGGAAAGGCCUUUAUUCGAGGUUCAUUACUUAUGCAACAUCAGAGGAUUCAUACUGGUGAAAAGCCCUAUAAAUGUGAAGAAUGUGGGAAGGCCUUUAUCCGUGGUUCACAACUUACUCAACACCUGAGAAUUCAUACCAAUGAGAAGCCCUAUGAAUGUAAGGAAUGUGGAAAAACCUUUAGUCAUGGCUCACAACUUACUCAACAUCAGAGAAUUCAUACAGGUGAGAAACCUUAUCAAUGUAAGGAAUGUGGAAAGGCCUUUAAUCGUGGUUCACUUCUUACUCGACAUCAGAGGAUUCAUACUGGUGAGAAACCCUAUGAAUGUAAAGAAUGUGGAAAGACCUUUAGUCGUGGUUCAGAACUUACUCAACAUGAGAGAAUCCAUACUGGUGAGAAACCGUAUGAAUGUAAGGAAUGUGGGAAGUCUUUUAUUCGUGGCUCACAGCUUACUCAACAUCAGAGAAUUCAUACUGGUGAGAAGCCCUAUGAAUGUAAAGAAUGUAGAAUGGCCUUUACUCAGAGUUCACAUCUUUCUCAACAUCAGAGACUUCAUACGGGUGAGAAACCUUAUGUAUGUAAUGAAUGUGGGAAGGCCUUUGCUCGUGGCUUACUGCUUAUACAACAUCAGAGAAUCCAUACUGGUGAGAAACCAUAUCAGUGUAAGGAAUGUGGGAAGGCCUUUAUUCGUAGCUCACAACUUACUCAACAUCAGCGCAUUCACACUGGAGAAAAACCCUAUGAAUGCAAAGAGUGUGGGAAGGCCUUUACUCAUGGCUCUCAACUUACUCUACAUCAGAGAAUUCAUACUGGUGAGAAGCCCUAUGAAUGCAAAGAAUGUAGAAAGGCCUUUACUCAGAGCUCACAUCUUUCUCGUCAUCAGAGAAUUCAUACUGGUGAGAAACUAUAUCAAUGCAAAGAAUGUGGGAAAGCUUUUACUCCUUUUAUUAAAAUGUCAAACCUCAUUAGACAUCAGAGAAUUCAUACUGGAGAGAAACCCUAUGUAUGUAAGGAAUGUGGGAAAUCCUUCAGCCAGAAAUCAAAUCUCAUUGAUCAUGAAAAAAUUCAUACUGGAGAGAAACCUUAUGAAUGCAGUGACUGUGGAAAAGCAUUCAGCCAGAAGCAAAGCCUCUUCGCACACCAGAAAGUUCAUACUGGAGAGAAACCUUAUGCUUGUAAUGAAUGUGGUAAAGCUUUCCCUCGAAUUGCAUCCCUGGCUCUUCAUAUGAGAAGUCAUACAGGAGAAAAACCUUAUAAAUGUGAUAAAUGUGGAAAAGCCUUCUCUCAGUUUUCUAUGCUUAUUAUACAUGUAAGAAUUCAUACAGGUGAGAAACCCUAUGAAUGUAAUGAGUGUGGAAAAGCCUUCUCUCAAAGCUCAGCCCUUACUGUACAUAUGAGAAGUCAUACUGGUGAGAAACCCUAUGAAUGUAAGGAAUGUAGAAAAGCCUUCAGCCACAAGAAAAACUUUAUUACACACCAGAAAAUUCAUACUAGGGAGAAACCUUAUGAAUGUAAUGAAUGUGGGAAAGCUUUCAUUCAAAUGUCAAAUCUCGUUAGACACCAGAGAAUUCAUACUGGAGAAAAACCCUAUAUAUGUAAGGAAUGUGGCAAAGCCUUUAGCCAGAAAUCAAAUCUCAUUGCUCAUGAGAAAAUCCAUUCUGGAGAAAAACCCUAUGAAUGUAAUGAAUGUGGCAAAGCUUUCAGCCAAAAGCAAAACUUUAUUACACAUCAGAAAGUUCACACCGGAGAGAAACCUUAUGAUUGUAAUAAAUGUGGGAAAGCCUUCUCUCAAAUUGCAUCCCUUACUCUUCAUCUGAGAAGUCACACAGGGGAAAAGCCUUAUGAAUGUGAUAAAUGUGGGAAAGCCUUCUCUCAGUGCUCACUUCUUAACUUACAUAUGAGAAGUCAUACAGGUGAGAAGCCCUAUGUAUGUAAUGAAUGUGGAAAAGCCUUCUCUCAAAGAACGUCUCUUAUUGUGCACAUGAGAGGUCAUACCGGUGAGAAACCCUAUGAAUGUAACAAAUGUGGAAAAGCCUUCUCCCAGAGUUCAUCCCUUACUAUACAUAUACGAGGUCAUACAGGUGAGAAACCCUUUGACUGUAGUAAAUGUGGAAAAGCCUUCUCUCAAAUCUCAUCUCUUACUCUACACAUGAGAAAACAUACAGGUGAGAAGCCUUAUCAUUGUAAUGAAUGUGGUAAGGCUUUCAGCCAAAAGUCACACCUUGUUAGACACCAGAGAAUUCAUACUCAUUAG